AUGAAGCUUUUCAAUCGGUUUCGUAAGAUUGUUACGCGUCUCAUCUUCUCUUUUCCAUCAUCUCAUCAUCACAAUACAUCUUCUUCUUCUUCAUCCGGCAAAACCAGGCAAAAGAACUGCGACAGGUUCGAUCUUCCAAAGACUUCCUGCAGUUCUUAUUACUCUUCUCAUUCCCAUUACGAUGAGGCCAUUGCAGAUUGCAUUGAGUUCUUCAAUAAGUCGGCGCAGGAUGGACGUUUGUUUUACCUGCUUUGGAAGAAAGUUGCUGAGAUGAUCAUCAAUGUUUGUGAUAUAUGUGUAUACCAUAUGAUUGUUGAUUGA